AUGACUGUCAUUCCUGAAAUAUCUGUAACAAAAACGUUAAGAGUUACUAUAAUGGACGCUCGACAACAAAAACGUAUAUUGCACUGGUUGGAGGAGGAGGAAGAGGAGAUUCUUGGUGGAGAGGAUGAUGAAGAUGGAAAUCAUAUAUACCCGGACGAAACAAGCGAACACAACACGGAUUCAGAGCAAGUAUGUGAUGAUGGUGAUCCAGAAACCCAAGAUCAUGUGUCAGAAUCGUCCGAAGACUAA